CGCGAUGUCCAGUGAGUCUUGACGUUGUGAACAAUGUUGCGAUCGGUUUACCCGAUUUUCUGUUUAGUAUUAGUGGUAGCCGGACCGAACUCAACAACAUCUAACAAUGGAUUUAUUAGGACUAAGAGACAAGGCAGCCCAGACGAGAGGAGCUGUCUUCUCCCACAGCCAAUGGUCAAUGGAAGAUACUCACCCAACAUCAAGAGAUGUCCUCCCCACGUAUCCAACGCCGCUUGCAAGAUAGUCCCCGGGACCCCAGUACCCUCGGGGUGGGAUCUCUACUACGGAUGUGAUGAUGGGUUCAUCCUCAACUCUACCGAUACUGUGUCCUUCUGUACGGACGGGAACUGGUCUCCGUCUCUGCCAGAGUGUAUAGCUGGAUUGCCUUGUUUACCAUUGAAGUCUCAGUACCUCAACAUCAAGUGUUCGUUCCAAGGCAAGGUAGUGUCUUGUGACCAGUCUAUGAAGCCAGGAACGAUAGCUUCACCAGAGUGCAAGAGCAACUACAAGCCUGCCUACCAGAUACCAUACUCUUACAUUACCUGCCUCAACGAUGGAUAUUGGGACUACCCUUUGUUCUACUGCACUCCAGAAAAGCUAUGCCCCCCACUGAAGGCGCCGAACAAUAUGAAGGUUCAGUACAUCUACCAAGACAAAGUCGUCAGAGACGAUCAGUUGAAGCCUGGUACCAUUGCUAUACCCAGAUGCAAACACAACUACAGACCUGCUUACGACCCGGGGUACACCAACUUGACUUGUCUUAACAGUGGCUCAUGGGACCAACAGCUGUUCUAUUGCACUGCAGUGUGUGGUGCGUCGAACGAGGUCGGCCAACUGACUCCGCUGAUUGUGGAUGGAGUACAGGCCAAUGUUGGUGCCUUCCCUUGGCACGCAGGUCUCUAUUAUCGUGAUGUAGACGAAGGGAGAGAGAUAUGGGACCAACGAUGUGGUGGUAGUUUGAUAAACGACCAGUUUGUGUUAACAGCGGCUCAUUGCGUGACAAGCGUUCAAAAUGUGGCCGAUCUACGAGUGGCUUUGGGCAAAUAUUUCAGGUCGUGGGAUAUCCCUGAGCACACUGAAGAAAAGCGCAAUGUUUCGAUGAUAUUAUUCCCUCGGGAAUUCAGCAAGAAAACGUUUAUUUUCGACAUUGCGCUUUUGAUGCUGGAUGUGAAAAUUCAACCAGGAGAAUUUAUAAUGCCAGUCUGUCAUGGAUUUUUAGAUGGUUCAAAUUACAUAAAAGACAAGAAUUUGUUUGUUGUAGGUUGGGGAAAGAAGGAGGACAAGAUGAGUAGUGAAACCCUUCUGUACAACGAUGUUACUCCGGUACCGUCUUACGAGUGCAAUCAGAUAGCCCCUUCUGUUUUCCCAACCUUCGACAAGUUCUGUGCCAGCAAAAACAGUUCAGGCCCAAAAAUUGUAUGCUGCCGAGAGACUCUGACAACAGAAAGUUUUGUUCCUUGGCAGAACAUUGCGACAGCUGUGACGCAAGAUGCAUUAUUCCGGCGGGAUCACAGGCUACUAGAGUCAGAGUCGUCUGCAACCCAGGCUACAGUCUGAGAGGAGCUGUUGGUGAAGUGUACAGUGGAGGAGACGUAG